AUGAAGUUCCAGGUCGAAGUGUUUACUCUUCUCUCUUGGUACUGGAGUAUUAACUCUCCCAGCUGCCUUUCAACAAGCGGGAUGGGUUAUUUCUGUCUGUGUAAUUAUUACUCUAUGUUUCUUAAGGCACUAUCAAUAACUAAUGGUUUGCAAAAACUGAAGGGGACAAACCUUCGAAAUGAAGACCAUGAAGACAGCGAGCGCAUCAUUGACGAGACAUCUAACGAUGGUGCCAGUUUUAGGAUUAAUUCAGAAGACUUUCAAAUCACUGAGAAAUAUGAGCUUGGUCAAAUGUCUUUGAUGUAUUUCGGGAAGAUCGGGAAUAUUCUUUUCUAUAUUAAUAUAUGCACAUAUUUGUAUGGUGAUUUGGCUAUCUACUCUUCAGCAGUCCCAAAAUCAUUACGCAAUGUUGUUUGUUCUUUAAACAAUUCAAAGAACUCUUCACUAUCUGAUCUUGAUCUCUGUUGGGCAUCAUCAUCGCUUACACGCAUGGAUGUAUACAGAAUAUUCGUUGUUGUAUUUGGAGCAUUUGUGCUACCAUUUCUAUUCUUCAGUGUAACUCGUUCACGAUGGCUUCAACUACUCACUGUUUGCUUACGUUGGCUUGGUUUCCUACUAAUGUUAAGCCUAUCCAUUGAAAGAGCUAUCCUAUUGCGGAAAAGCAUUUCAGUCGCCUCACUGCCUCAUCUGAAUACUACUAGUAGUAAUAUCCUCCUCUGGAAUCCAUCAAUUUAUACAUUGUUUAGCCAACCAGAACCAAUUCCUCAACCGCCAAUGUUUCAACCGCAUAACAUACCGAAUUUAUUCGGUGUUUGUGUUUACGUGUUCAUGUGUCAUCAUUCUAUCCCGGGUAUUGUAACACCGAUAAGAAAUAAGUAUAGAAUAUUGUAUAGAGUAUUUAUUCCCGUGUUUAUAACAGUUCUGUUAUUCAAUCUACUCCUGUCGAGUACAGCUAUAAUUGCUUUUAAUCAUAUUGAAGAUUUAUAUACCUUGAAUUUUAUACCUGAUAAGGCGUUUAUUGAUAUCUCACAUAUUCCGUAUACAAUAGCCUUAAUAUUCGGUUACUUUUUAUGCUUAUUCCCUGUAUUCGCACUCACCUCAUCCUAUCCAAUUAUUGGAACUAGUCUACUCGGCAAUAUAUACAGUUUAUGCAGUUUUUUCCCUAUAUUUCAUAGUGAUAAAGCACAAAAGGCGUUGAAGUAUACUCUACCGUUUAUUGUCGCCUUGCCUCCAUUGUGUAUAGCCUUGAUAACUAAUAAUGUCGGCUAUUUAACUGGUUUCACGGGAGCGAUAUUCGGCUCAGGCAUACAGUAUAUUAUACCAGCUGUAUUAGUGUAUAAAGCACGCCGAGAAUUUUCAAAUUUUAUCAUAUCAAAUGGUGUAACCAAGAAAAUGGAUGGGGAACAUCAAAAUAAUAGUAGUAGUGAUUUGAGAACUGUUAAUAAUAAUGAUAAUAAUAAUGGUGAUGAUGACGCAAUGAUACAGACAACUUCAAGUAAUACUGCAGAAAGUAAUGAGGUAUACAAUUCAACAGAAUGCUUGACUACUGCUGCUGCUGCUAAUAACUUGCCACAAACAGUUUCAAUUAUCGACAAAUAUUCAUAUCAUCGGUUAACAGCUAAGUUUACUAUGCAUGCAUCACCUUUUCAAAGUAUUGCUUGGAUUCUAUUCAUAUUUAUAUGGGCUAUAUUUUGUAUGGUGAUUGUUCUUAUUGAUAAAAUACAUCAUAUUUGAUGCAUUCUCACUCCUUUAUUUUCUCUCUCUCUCUUCCUCCAAUCUAUUGAUUCAUACACACACGCACACACACAUUUUUCCGCCUUUGUUGAUUACUGCUCAAUCAAGUGUUUUUGCCUUAAUGCUACCACUGUCUUCUCUAAUUAUUAUUUGUAUAAUAAAAACUAUAAUUGUAUACACAAUUUUGGAU